AUGGCUUUAAAAGGCAAUCAGAAACAAUAUCAUCCCAAGGCAUAUAAAAAUACAUAUCGCAUCGAAGCAAUGAGGGUUCUUCAUACAAUAGCGCUGCUGCUUUUUUCUCUACAUUUUGAUAAGCUUACGGCUAUAAGCUGUCGCGAUUCGAAAAUUACUGAAGAAAUGCGAUCAGACGUAUUAAAAGAACACAAUUCACUCAGAUCACAGCUAGCGAAUGGUAAAAUUAAAGCAGCAGGAGAGAAGUUUAUGCCGCGAAGUUCAAAUAUGCAAAAAUUGGUUGAAAGAGCGCAAAAAUGGGCCGAAAAUUGUGAUUUUAACCAUUCAUCGAGAGAUUUCCGCAAUUUUAGUGGUGAAAAUCUUUACGCCAGAUGGGAAAAUAAAGAACCGACGUUAGAUAAGAAGCAAUUUCGCGACGCGAUAGAAGGGUGGUGGUGGGAAGAAUUAAAAAAUAUGCGACCGCAAUCCAAGAUGAGAGGCGCUUCUUUGGGAGGUGUUAUCACGCAUUUUACACAGAUGGCAUGGGCAAUCACAAGCAGGCUUGGCUGUGGAAUUGCUAAAUGCUUGAAUAAUAAUGGAUAUCCAUAUAUGGUUCACGUCGUUUGUCACUACGAUCCAAGAGGAAACUGGGAUGAUGAGAUUUAUGAAGAAGGUGCACCAUGUAGCAAGUGCUCACAAUACCUCGGCAAAACGUGCAAUGAGCAAGGACUUUGCGCAUCUAGCAGUAGAUCAGCUCCCGCUGAAGAAAAAACAAACAGACAGAAGAAACAGUCAAUGAAAAAAAUAAAUGAAGAAUCGGAGAAAACAUUUGUAAAAUUUGUGGACAAUAAGACUCCACAUGAGGACACUGAUGAAGCACCAGAGGAAAUAUCUUUUGAUGAACUCGAGGAAUUGCCUCGAGAUUAUGAAGAGAAUAAGGAAUCGAAUGAAAUGCCGACUUCAGAGGAAGAAGCACCUGCUGAGGAAGCAUAUGAACAGUUGCAUGAACUUCCCUAUGAAGAACUUGAGGAAAUACCGACAGACUAUGAAGACUAUGAGGUGCCUUAUGAGAAAAAAAGACCUGUUGAAGAACCUUCCGAAGAACUGGAAGAGCAAACGUCUGCUGAAGAAACACCUGAACCUGAACCUUUGCAAGAAGUGUCCUUCGAAGAACUUGAUGAAGCUCCUAGUGAAUAUGAAGACAAUGGGAAACCCGAAGAACAGACACCUAAUGAAGAAUCAACUGAACAACCAGAGCAAGCUGAAGAAUUUGAGGAAAUACCGAUAGAAUAUGAAAACCUAUGA